AAAUAUCUUUUAUUGGGAUUCUUGACUAUUUUAUGGUGAGAUUUGGGGUUUGCAAGCCAAUAUGAUUAUAAAUUUGCUGAGAUUAUUGGGAGCCCAGCUUCAUUUUCAGAAGAGGGAUCGAAUCCUAGUGCUCCUAUUUUCAACAUGCCGAGCACAAAUCAGCCUACUUUAACAGUUCAUGGAAUGUUCUUUCCUUCAAAUACAUAUCUUACCAUUGACAGAGAAUUUCCUGCUCCAGGAGGACAAUUCUCAAUGCAAUAUUGGGUGUAUAUCUUCAACUAUAACAAUUUUUACUUCUUGGAAGGAACUAUAAAUGACAAUGGGAACUUAGAAGCGAUUCUUCUUGACGGAUUUAAAGUAGCUGGCAAUCUGAAUCAAUAUGCAACAUAUCGUACAAGUGUAAAUUAUUGAACAUCAAUCAAAAAGGGAUGGAAUAGAGUGAGACUGAGUAGUAACAGUGGAGUUCUUGAUACAAAAUUAUAUCAUAAAGCUAUUGGAGAAGUUUCAGCUGGAUCCCAUUCAAACUCAAUCAGUUACAGUCUUAAAUAUAAACUUGGUUCAACGUCAGCUAGUUCUAACAGCUAUAUACUCUAUAGCUUUACGUUUACUGAUGAUGAUUCUCUCUCGACAGUGGCUACAACUGCUCUUUACCCUAACAGCUUCGAUACAUGAGGAGAUGGAACUAUUCAACCCAUAAGCUUCGAAGAAUGAGAUGAUUCAAAUACAUCAAACGGGGAUGGCUGAAAUGAAGGCUGCAUGCUUGAGUCAGGUUCAUGAUCUCAAACCCCUGCAACUUGAUUUGAUCAAUGAGGAGAUGGAGUCAAAGGAAACUUUGAAGAGUGAGAUGAUGGUAACCAAAACGGCUCUGAUGGGUGAGACUCAAAUUGAAUUCUUGAAGACUAUUUUACUUGCACCCAGUCUGAUGUGAGCCAACCUGCUCAAUGAACUGAAGAUUGAGGUGACGGAAGAAGGUUCAACUCUUUAACAACUUAUUGAGAUGAUAAUAAUACUGUUGGCGGCGAUGGUUGAUCAUCUGAUUGAAAAGUGGAAGAUGGAUAUAAAUGAACUGGAGGAUCUUCGACUCAGAAAGAUAAUUGAGAAAUAUCUUGAGGAGAUGGCCAACUUGAUGUGGAAGAAGAUUGAGAUGAUGGAAAUGUAAAUUCAGGAGAUGGCUGAAAUGAUUCCUGUAAAAUUGAAGAUGGAUGGAUUUGUAGUGGAGGAAGCCAAUCCUCAGAAAGCGUAUGUGUAAGGGACUGAAAUAUUGAUAAUUGACAAAUAUGUGAUCCACAAAACAGUUCAAAAUGAGUAACUUGAGUAGAUGGAUACAAUGUUGAUAAAGACUCUACCUGAAGAUAUGUAAAAGUUUCUGAAUCUGCCCAAGUUAUGUCAUCCAGUGCUACAGCUGCAACAGGAAUAGGAUCUAUCGUAGGGCUUUGAGUUUCGCUAAUGACUUUGUCAGCUCCAAUGGCUCUUUGGGCAUUGGCAAAUCAAAUUCAGCUGAUGCUUCUUCUUUUAUUGACCAAAAGCUCCCUUCCAUCUGAUAUAAUCAGCUACAUUACAAAUAAUAUGAUAUUCUCAUUCAACAUGGAGUUUCUUCCUAUAAAAUCUAACAUGAUAUCUGAAGUGCCUCUGAGAUGGAUGGGCAAGACCCAAAAUAGCAUUGAAUUAGAGGACAUGGGGUUCGAGUCAGGUAGUUCAUUUAAUAACAACUUCGGAUUUUUAAUGAUACUCUGAGUCAUUAUUGUUCUUCAUCUAAUAUUGUGGUGAUUCCCAAGAGAAGAAAAUCAUUUGGACAAUGAUUGUAGGAACAAAAUGGUAAAGCCUUCAAAUUAUUUAUGGAAAUUAUUUACAUUUUGUAUUUACAUCAGAAUUUUCUUGGAAGCCUACCAGUUUAUUUUUAUUUCAUCAAUUAGUGAACUCAAAAGAUUGAAUCAGUUCGGUUUACAAACUAUCGUGUCUGGACUAUUUGCUCUAUUUAUAUUAAUAUUUUGACUUAUCUUCUUUGUGUUAUCUCUCAUCAAAGUGUUUAAAGAAGAAGAUAAAGAUCAAAAUGAUAAACUUAGCGAAUUUACUGCAGGUCUAAAGGCAUCAAAGCAUAGCAAAUUCUACACUCCAUUGCUGAUUUUGAGAAGGAUUAUGUUUUGUAUUUUCCUAGUUUUAUUCAGAAGUCUCGAGUCAAUGAUUCUGGUUGGAUAUAUGCUGUUUAUUCAGAUUAUUUAUACAUCCCAUAUUAUCUAUCUGAGACCAAUGGAGAGAAAAAUGAAUAACUUGGUUGAAUGAAUAAACGAAGUGUUUUAUAUCUUCUUUGUUGCUUUCCUUCUAAAAUACAACUCAGUUCAAGAAUGGGAAGGAUGGCCAACCACUUGAUACUUGUGAGCAAUGAUGGCAAAUACGGCCAUAAUCGUGCUCAUAAUUCUUGUCGGAAGCAUCAUCAGUUUAAUCAGAAAAUGUUGGAAAAAGAAACCCGAGAAAGAACUUGAAAAAAUAGAAGUAAAACAGAUCCCGAGAAGAAAUUUGGAACUAUUUGCAAGCAACAACGUAAUGGUGAGUGAUGUUUCUGUGAACAGGACCUCCAGCAGAGUAACUUCCAAAUCCCUCAACAGGGAGAAUCCCCCUUCCAGAGACUCCAGUGCUGGCCCUAUUGGUUCUGCCAGACUGGGUCAGAACAGGAAGAUAGUCCCAGUCAAUAACCAACACCAGAUUCCUAAGUAAAGGAUGGAUAGGAUUCCUGAAUAAAACCGUUUU